CUAUUUGUCAAAAAAAAAAAAUCGUGGGCCAUAGCCGUGGGAAAAAGUACCAAAUCUCGCAAAAAAAGUGUUGACUAUUGCCAGCGAAAAGAUACGGCGCGCGAAAAGACAACCCAAAUUUACAAACAAAUUGCAUUUUGUAACCAAUUGCGGGGAUAAGCAAUUGCCAACAAUACCGAAGCCGUCAAAGUACCCAGGGGACGGCGACACGCCAAAGUCAAACGCCACGCCAACUGUGAGUAGAAAAGAAUAGGGCGGAUUGGAGAUUUGAUCGAUUCUGAAGGAAAGUCUUGGAGUUGUGGUCAUGAACGCAAAGCGCAUCAAAUACACAACUCUAUCCAGUCCCGUGGAUGGCGUGGUCAAGGAGGAGAUUGUCCCUGUGAUCAUUCAGCAUGAUGCCGAAGAUGUCGAUGGCUCUGGGGGCGAGACACGAUAUACGUAUGCCUAUACAACUGCCGAAGAUGAUGAUGACCCAGAGGCGACUGCAGUCUCGCUGGCCAAUGCCCAGGAGGUGAUAAUCGACGAGAAUGGUCAUGCUGUGACGCUGCAGCAGCUGGUCGAAAAUAGCACUGUCGAAGAGGUGGAGACCAUUGAGCAGGGCGACGGCACUCAUACCAUUCUACAUAUCGUUCCCAAUUUGAGCGUUCAGGACCAUCAGGGCGAUUUGGAGGAGGUGGACGAGGAUGAUCAGCUGGAAGAACUAGACCAUGAGCACGAGGAGGGUGAUGAGAUUGAGGAUGAUAUUGUCACCGUUGAGCAGGAGGAACUCGGCGAAGAGGACAACGAUGACGACGUAAUUGAGGGCGUAGAAGAGGGCGAAGAUGACAUGAGUCCACUGGUUUUCGAUGGUACCAUUGAUCAGCACGAUGACUCGAAUCUACCAUCCGAUGGGAAUUCCCGCAACAAGACAUUUUAUUGCCCAAAUUGUGGCAAUUGCUACAGUGCCGCAGGCUCACUUAAGUUGCACAUGCGCGCCUGCCUCCGUCAACGCAAUGAGGUGUCCGCCGAGGAGCGUAAAUGCAAGGUUUGCGGCAAAGUCUUCAAUUCGGUGGCUUAUCUCAAAGAGCACAUGAUGCGUCACACGGGCGAGCAGCCGUUCCGUUGUACUCGUUGCUAUCGCAAAUUCGUCGAUGAGGGCAAAUUCAAGGCGCACAUGGACGCCCACAAGCAUCAGGAUAAACUGGAGGCUGAGGCCGUCGCUCUGGCUGCCCAGCAUGGCGGCAAGAAGGUCGUUGUGAAAGAGUUCAAUUGCUCAUUCUGUGCCCAGAACUUUACCGUGGUCUUCGAUGUCGGACAGGUGAAGCGCCGCUAUGCCUGCGACUUGUGUCGCGACAAAUACUCCAAUGCCGAGGCAUUGCGCCAGCACAAACAGCAAAUGGAGGAGAAGCGCGAAUUCAGCUGCGAUCGAUGUGGACGGAAAUUCGUCUUUGAGGGCUUCCUGCAACGCCACUUGCCCAACUGUGAUGGCAGUAUUAAGCGUCGUCGGGAUAUGAAGUAGGCAAGGUUUCAGCAACGUCAUGGCAGGGCAAGGCAAAAGGAUAAAAUUAUUAGGCCCGUAGAUGUGGAUAAGGAGGACCUGGAUUUGGAUGAUGUAUUGCCCCCUCUGCCUUACGUUGUUAUCAAACGGGAAUGGGACGAGCAGCAGCAGACACAGGAGCACCACCCAGACGAGGAAGAGGUGGAGUUAGAAUAAACAAAAAACAAAAAAAAAGCAGAGUUUAGAGUAGACGAAUAUAAAUCAUCUACUUGUAUUCACUGUGAGCCCAUACAUACCUACCAUACAAAUGGUUUUUGGGUGCAGUCUAUACUUAUAAAUAUUUACUUUCCAAAAUUUUUCAAUAAUUAUUUUUUUUAACCCUCAAACAUGUUUUGUUAACAAUUUAAAAUGAAAGCGACCGAGAUAGACGGAUUGGAUGGAAUUUGAUGGUCAAUGUAUAGCUUACAUUUAAAUAGAAAUAACAUUUUAAUUAUAAAUAUAUACAAAAAAAAAAAAAAAACAAAAACAAAAUCGCUAUAUCGCUAAUAUAUAUUUAUAUAUAUAUUAUAUAUGUAUGUAACACCCCGCCCCCCAGCCCAUCAACCCAUUUCAACUAUCGCAAUGAAUAAACUCGAUGUUGUUAUCCCAAAAGCA